AUGGCAACUGCCAUUUCUCAAACUGUUCACGGGAUUGAGGCGAGCUCGUCCAAGCUGCCAGAGACGAGCGUCAUCAUCCCCGAGGACGUUCGAGAACAAUGCGACGACCAUCAAAGCUCCGCGCAAAACCUGAGUCAGUUACUGGCCAAAGCAUCGACAACCAAGCGUGGAUUGACAUUCUAUACCGAUGGCAAGGAAGGCCUGCAAGCGUGCCGCGAGUCAUACGCCGACCUCCAAGAAGAUGCAAUGCACAAGGCCGCCAUACUGUCCAUAAUUGCGACACCUUCAACGGGGUCAAUAAUACUACUCCAUUUCGAUACUCAGCACGAGUCCAUUCAGUGGUUCUGGGCCGCUACGUUGCUUGGCCUUCUGCCAGCCCUUUCAACCCCGUUUGUGCACGACACAGCGCAACGGAGAAAACAUAUACUCCACCUCCAUGAGCUUCUAGACAAGCCAAUCAUUUUGACACCAGAAAGACUUGUUGCCGAGUUCCUUGAUAUAGCCGAGCUUCGCCUUCACUCAGUACAGUCCUUGGGCCAAGAUACAGCGCCUAAUGGUGGCCCAGCAUGUACAUUGCCUAUGAGGGGAAUAGAAAAGGAUGUAGAUGAGGCGGCGGUACUCAUGCUGACGUCUGGGAGUACAGGAAGCGCAAAGGCGGUUCCUCUCCGGCACAGGCAGCUCUUGAAUGCCAUACAGGGAAAGAGCUCCCACCAUGGAACGGAUACAAGUGAUGUCUUUCUUAACUGGGUGGGCAUGGACCACGUUGCGAGCAUGUGUGAGGUCCAUUUACACGCAUUGGGCCUGGGUAGUGAACAGGUCCAUAUUCCUGCUUCUGUGCUGUUGAGGGAUCCUCUCCAGUUCAUCCGGCUACUAGACACGCAUCGGGUCUCUUAUACUUUCGCUCCUAAUUUCUUUCUCACCCAGGUCCGAGAUGCUCUCCUCACACAAGGGUCGGACAUCAAAGUGGAUCUGUCUUGCCUGAAAAGAAUCAUCUCCGGUGGAGAGGCAAAUCCGGUCACCACCUGUGACACCAUUACGCGUGAACUGCGGCGGCUCGGGAUGCGUAACGGCGUAGUCAGUCCUGGGUUUGGAAUGACCGAGACGUGUGCCGGCGCGAUCUAUUCAAAAGUGUGCCCGUCGUAUGAUCUUGCUCGUGGGCAUGAAUUCGCAUGCUUGGGUGCCUGCAUACCUGGGAUGGAAAUGCGAGUAGCUCGUCUUGAUGGUGAGGGCGAACUGGCCGCUUCUGGCGAAGUCGGUGCACUGCAGCUCUCCGGGCCGGUUUUAUUCAGCGGAUACUUCAACAAUUCAACAGCUACAGAAGCUUCUUUUUCCAAGGACGGGUGGUUUAUUACUGGUGACUUGGGCUGGCUGGAUGACAAUGGCAAUCUGAACCUGGCCGGCAGGGUGAAGGACACUGUUAAUAUCAACGGAGUAAAAUGGAAUGUGACGGAGAUCGAGGCUGCAAUUGAAGAAGCAGCUAUUCCAGGUCUUGUUACUUCCUGCACGGUAGUAUUUUCCUGUCGGGAUCCGGGCUCUCCCACAGAGGAAGUUGCAGUUGUCUACUGCCCUACAUUCGCUGUUGACGACUUGAAGGCACGAGCUGAAACGGAUAAUGCUGUUUCCAAAGUUAUCACCCUUCUUACAGGAAGAAAGCCGGGGCAUUCGAUCCCACUUUUCGAGAAUACCCCGGAAAAAUCAUCAUUGGGGAAGAUAUCAAGAGCGAAAGUACGCGAUGCGUUCAAUAAUGGUGAUUACUCCGCCAUGGAGGAGCACCACCGUCAAGCUUUACGCGAAUAUCAGCAGGCUGUGUGGCGGCCAAUCACGACUGAAACUGAGAAGAAAAUACGGACUAUACUGGUGGGACUGCUUGACGUUCCCGCCGAAGACAUUGGUGUUGAUACAUCGAUCUUUGAUCUGGGCAUAAACUCCUUUAAUCUGAUUCUUCUCCGGGCCAUGAUCGAGGAUAUUGCGGACAGCCCGGUUGAGCUUCCGAUCUCUAUUCUCAUGACAAGGCCAUCGGUUGGUAGUAUCGCCGCCUCAGUGGACCAACUUUUAUCUGAGCCACAGGAAUACAACCCCAUUAUCCCGCUGCAAACAAAGGGAUCUCAAACUCCCCUGUUCCUCAUUCAUCCCGGCAGCGGUGAUAUCCUUGUUUUCAUCGCGCUGGCAACACAUUUCCCGAACCGACCAGUCUACGCUCUCCGUACUCGCGGAUACAACGCGAAUGAGACCGUGUUUUCCACCAUGGAGGAAGCAGUCGAGACCUAUGUUGCCCAUAUCCGAAGGACACAACCACACGGUCCCUAUGCCGUGGCGGGGUAUUCAUUAGGCUCAACGCUUGCGUUUGAAGUGGGCAAGCUGUUAGAGGCACAGGGGCAGGAGGUUCGCUUCCUAGCUAGCAUCGACUACCCCCCGCACAUUUCUCAGUAUGUUAGCGGCCUGAAUUGGUUUGAUGUACUGCUUCAUAUAUCAUUUUUCCUUGAGUUGAUUGACCAGGAGACCAUGGACCGUGCGACCACCUACCUACACACGCACACCAUAUCGCGCAAGGAUGCCCUGGAGUACGUCUUGUCAAUCAGCGACAGAGAGCGAGUUCGUGCGCUAGCACUUACUCCCCGCCUUUUGAACAAGAUAAGUGAUAUUGGAGAAAACUUUAGAUUACAGGGGGAGACAUACGAGCCUGUCGGGAAUGUUGAGCACCUGGAUGUGUUUGUGGCCGAUCCGCCACGCUAUGCGGCAGUCGACAGACGAGACUGGGUGGAGAACAAGUUGGGCAGAUGGAAGGAUUUUGUGAGAUCCGAUAUUGAAUUUUAUGAAUGCCCAGGAAUUCACGCGAGGAUGUUGAACCCGGAAGUGGUGCCUGGGUUUAUGAAGAGCUUCAACUUGGCGAUGAAGCGCAGAGGGGUAUAGAUUGCCGUUCA